GCGCACGGCGUUCACAUUUUGGGAGAUUUUGGCGUGGAACGAGUCAGCCAUUUUUGUUACUUGACAUAGGGAAUAUAUUUUGUUUCUAUGUGUAACCUAGUGGUCUGAACUCAUAAAAACCAAAGCCCAGGCUGAAAGUGAUAACUUUAUUUUAUAAUGAAAUGUUUUAAAUGGAGAUUAAUUCCCGUUUGCCUUGUGAACUGCACUUUUUGAUGGACCCAAGGGCACUACUUCAUAGUCAACUUGGUGCUAUAAAUGACCCCGAUUUUCUGUGAAAAACAAACCAGAGAGCAUCCACGGAAGCCGAUUCUGUUAGAGCUAAGUAGAUAAAUUGUGUACAUAGACGCUUAGGGUAGAAAAACUGCUAAUGAAGCAUUAUAUUCUGUAAAGAAUCGUUUCAACGUAGUCUCACCUGGACGUCAAACUAUAAUUUAUUCAACAUGUCGACUCGAACCCCACUGCAGACGGUUCACGAAUCGGUUACAUCGGAAUCAAGAAGCAGCAAUCGCCGGCAAACCGACGACAAUGCUAACCCGAGAAUCUCCUCCUCUGGGCGUAGAACGGAUGAACCACACAUAGGAAAAUACAGACUGAUCAAAACGAUAGGCAAGGGAAAUUUUGCCAAAGUCAAGUUGGCCAAACAUGUCCCAACUGGCAGGGAGGUUGCAAUCAAAAUUAUUGACAAGACACAGCUGAACCCAUCAAGCUUAAACAAGCUUUUUAGGGAAGUUAGAAUAAUGAAGAACUUGGAUCAUCCCAACAUUGUGAAACUGUUUGAAGUGAUUGAAACAGAGAAAACAUUGUACUUAGUCAUGGAGUAUGCAAGUGGAGGAGAAGUAUUUGACUAUCUUGUUGCCCAUGGUAGAAUGAAAGAAAAGGAAGCAAGAGCCAAAUUUCGUCAGAUUGUAUCAUCUGUGCAGUACUGCCAUCAAAAGCAUAUAGUCCACAGGGAUCUUAAGGCUGAAAACUUACUCUUAGAUGGUGAUAUGAACAUAAAGAUUGCCGACUUUGGUUUUAGCAAUGAGUUUGUUCCAGGAAAUAAGCUGGACACGUUCUGUGGGAGCCCUCCAUACGCUGCUCCAGAAUUGUUUCAGGGGAAGAAAUAUGAUGGUCCUGAAGUGGAUGUGUGGAGUUUAGGGGUUAUAUUGUAUACACUAGUCAGUGGAUCUCUUCCAUUUGAUGGACAGAAUUUAAAGGAAUUGAGAGAAAGGGUGUUACGUGGAAAAUACCGAAUCCCCUUUUACAUGUCCACAGACUGUGAAAAUCUGUUAAAAAAGUUUUUAGUAUUAAAUCCUACUAAGAGAGUUUGUCUAGAGAAUAUUAUGAAGGACAAGUGGAUGAAUAUAGGUUGCGAGGAUGAUGAACUUAAACCUUUUGUAGAGCCCCCUGCAGACGUCCUUGACCCUUUGCGGAUAGAAUUGAUGCUAAACAUGGGCUACUCAAGGCAAGCUGUGGAGGACUCCAUCACUCACCAGAAGUAUGAUGACGUCCAGGCCACGUACCUGUUGUUAGGGAGAAGGACUUCAGACUUGGAGGGCAGUGACCGCUCUGGCAGUAGUCAGUCUUUAAGACAUUUAGGACAGAUGUCCUCCAAUAGGCCACAUAGUGAAAACACAGCCAAUAGCCAGUCUCCUAACAAAGUGACCCGCAGUCAGUCGGCGACCAGCAGUGGAACCAAUCAAGGCAGGCGCCGGUACAGCCAGGGCACAGAAAAUAACGGUAGUAUCAAACGAACUACAGGACCAUCAAGUUCUCAAUCAUCAUCGCACACCCCACGUAGACAGAACACCAUCGACUCUUCCUCAACCAAGGAGAAUGCCCUUUCAGGGCGCAAAACGCCCUCUGGAGGCCCCAUCAUGGAAUCUCCAAAGAGAUCUCCUUUCGUACGAGAGAGUAUCAAAGGCCAGCAGAUCAGUUCCACACCAACCCGUUCUACAAUGCCCAAAAAAUUAACUUCAUCCCAGACCUCAUCUUCCUCUUCGUCUUCAGCCAAGAACAGCUCCUCCAUUCACAGUAGUAUUCCCCGCCGGACGGGCCGCAGCGAGACCUUCAGCCCUGGGGACGUCCGCUCCGCCCCCUCCCAGGACAAACCAACCCGCACAACUAACGGCCAGGAUCUCAGAGGACCAAUGUCCAAUUCAACUGGUGGUACAGAAAAUCCGUCGGUCCGGCCCAAAAGCCACGUAAAGUCUGCAAGUCUAACACAAUCCCAGGUGGCCCGCGUCACUGACCUACCUCCUCUGAACGAUGGCGACAACUUUCGACCAACGACUGCCCCGGGAAAAACUUUACCUGUUUCUCCUGUACCACCCAAAAGUUAUCUGAAUAGAACUGUUCUCAGAAACACAUUCCACGGUGGUCCAGUGAGAGACAGACGGCAACCCAGAACUUACAACGGACCCGAUCACACUCAGGACACCUCUGCCAUGAAUGCGGCAGGUCGCAUGUCAUUUUUCAAUAAACUAAGUCAAAAAUUCAGUCGAAGGGAAAACACAACUUUGAGUGGGGAGAAGGUGGAUCAAAAGUCAUUGAGUCGUGAACUGUACGUUUCCACUCACAACAAAUUGUUCCGCAGGUCAGUUGCAGAGGGACAGUCCGACAACCCCAUGGUCAAGCCCAGGUCACUGAGAUUCACGUGGAGCAUGAAAACCACGAGUUCUAUGGACCCUAAUGACAUGAUGAAGGAAAUCCGGAAAGUGUUAGAUGCCAACAACUGUGAUUAUGAACAGCGGGAGAAGUUUCUGUUACUGUGUGUACACGGGGACCCGAAUACGGACAGCUUAGUGCAAUGGGAAAUGGAGGUGUGUAAGCUUCCGAGACUCUCCCUCAAUGGGGUGCGAUUCAAACGGAUUUCAGGGACCUCUAUAGGGUUUAAGAACAUUGCUUCAAAAAUUGCCAAUGAACUUAAACUGUGAUGCCAUGUUAAAGUGCUGGAAUGUUGACCGAUUAGUUUGGGGGAACAUGAAGCGGGGCACGUCGGGAUGGGCCAGAUUCCCAAAGGUGUGGGAGAGAGAGUGUCGGUGGACAGAUUGGACAGAUUAUAGAUAUUAACUUGUCUGUGGUAAAAAAUUUAUAUAACAAUCGCAUUAACAGAUUUUUAUUUUGUACAAAUGUGUAAAGAACAUAUAAAGUAUUUGUAUGAUAAAAUAAAUGGGAGCCCACGCAGAAAGCGGGGCUGAUAAUGUGUACACAAGUAUGUAUAUUUAAGACUGUGUAAAUGAUGAAAAAACAAGUGAAUAGUGUGUGUGUGUGAGUGCAUAUGUAAUGAACUUUGAGGGAUGGGCACUGAAAUGGAUAGUAAUUGCUCCUCACCUGCUCACUCAAAUCAGAACUGGAUGUACUGAUUCUGGUAUGUCCAGAAAGUAAAGUAGGAUAAGGUCUGUCAGUGAAAUUAAGUAAGAUUCAGUAACAGUUCUAAUGUCGGUGAUGAGGUAUAAGUAGAAAUGCUUGGGCUUGUAAACUGUGAUAUCUCUUGAUAGUGCCAUCCCUCUUAGUGUCAGUUGUCUAGUGCAAUUUACUUUCCAAAGGUAAAAAUUGUGAACAAAUGAUACAGGCAGUGUUCUUUUAAAAAUCAGUUUUUUAAUCAUGUCUGCAUGUGUUUGCUAAAUGCUUCCAUGAAAGAGUUUUAAUCUUCAUAAUACCUAGGAAAAAAAUAUAGCUUUGGCAUAUCCAUGCUUACUGAAUAUAAGAGAUGGUAUUUCAAGCAUAAUGUUUUGUAUCAGUCAGUGACGGUCACAUUUUUUUCUUCUUAUUUUCAUGGACAAAAUUUGAUAAAAAAGUACAAAUGAGAUUAAAUUUGUAGAAGUAGUAGUAAGCAGUAUUCUGCAGGGAUGGAAUACUUGCAUUAUAAUCUAGACAAAACUACAGUUUCCUUUCUGUUUUUCCGUGUAACUGUUAAUAUACACUUGGAUGUGGAGUAUUUGCACUCUUGUCAAACAAUAUUUCUUUGUUAGUAUGCCUGUUUUGUUGUAUAUCAUUUUAUAUUAAUCAAACUAAUUAACAAAGAACAAUUUUUUUUAUUAUUAUUUGAUAAAACAACAAGUAGAAGUUGUGUCCAUGUAACAUAAAAUAGCCACCCUCUAUUUAUAAAUUAAACAAUUGAUAUGUUAAAGGUUAAGGUUGAAUUAUGAUGAGCACUUUUUUGGAUGGAUAUUUUAAUUUUCUACCUUCUUUCUCUGGAGAUUCUCAGCUUUUCUGUUUUCAAAACAGGCUGGUUUGCAGUCAGUGUUGUAGACAAGAUCACCAUGUACAUGUACCAAGCAAUUGUGCCAAGAAAAGUCAUUUUUCCAGUUUUAUAUGCAUCCCUUGCACAUGCAAUUUUUCAGAGGUGAAUUUGUUGAUUGAUUGUUCAUUUUGAUUUUACUUUCAGCAAAUGCCACUGUGUGACAACUUCUUGAUUAACCUUGCAGUUUAUUUUAAAGUUCAGAUCUUUGUUACAAUUCUUGGACCAAUAAUGAUGAAUUAAGUUCUCUUGACAGUAUUUUUGUAUGAUAAGUGAUUUUUUUUGCAUGAAAUGCAUUUUUUUUAAAAAGGCUUCUUUUCUUAUGAAAAAAAAAUUGUAAAUAAAAAAAAACAAAACAAAAUAAAGACAAGAAGGAUUUAUUUCAGCCACAUCUUUAAUAUGUACAAUUUGUUUCUACUUAAGUUAUUUUUUAGAGGAAAUAAAAAUUAGUUGUUGGUACCUGAGAAUAGUUUUGUACAGGAGCUUAUUUGAAGCGGUACUUAAAUUAAUCUGCAAGUUCACAUGAAUUCCACUCAGGAAGGGAGCUUUUCUUCAUUUUUUUUGUCUCACUUUAUCAUGCACAACAGGGUGUAAGGAAGGUACACAUGUGGUCAUGGAGAAUGUGAUAUCAAAUGACAGGUUUUAUUUUGACAUUGGAGACUUGUUAGCGAUUCAUUAUCUGUACUCAGGCAUCUCAAUAGAUUGUAUUGUUUUUAUGCUUUUUCUUGAGUCAUUUAAAUGUGGUGUAAUAUUACAGGGAUGUAACAUUGUACAUGUAAAACCCCCAAUAUGCAUGGAAACAGGACAAUCUGAUUUUGAUGUCUGGACAUUGUUGUUUGUUACCCAGAGUUCACCCUAUCAAGAAAUUAAUCUUUUUAUCAAUUGUCAUACAGUUACUUUUAGUUCAUCAUGAUAAAUAGUGAACAGGCAAUUAAAAAUUUCAUGAAAUGAUAAA